AUGAAGGUCAUAUUGGUAGUUUUUGUGUCGUUUGGCUGUGUUUUCUUUCUAGUACCCAUUUUAUUUGCUUUAUGUUACAUCAUAAAAAAACUUAAAUGCAGCAAGAUGGCUGAAAAAACUGAAAUGGUGCAUAUCGAUGAGCAUUUGAAGGUGAGGGAGAAUGUUGUGCAAGGUCCAAAUGGCACGAAGGCAGUUGCAAUUACAAUCGAUGAUGAUUUACAUGUUGAUGAAGAAGAAGAGUCGAGGAAGAAAGAGAAGCUUGGAAAGGAACACCAUUAA